AUGGCUCUUCUAAGAAGAGGAGCCUCAAGAGCUUCCAAUUGCACAUCGAAAUCUUUGACUCGUCCGUUGGCAAUAUACACACCUAUCCACGGCCGCAGACAUAUAUCAACAACAAAUACCGAAAAACCACCCUUCAACCCCAAUCAGCCCAUAAAAUACACCCAAACACCAAAUCCAACCUGGAAACUGGGCGAUGGCGCCAUCGAUAAUAAUGAAAAUAAGACGAAGAAACACAUCCCCAUUAACCCCUCCGACCCAGCACGCGCACCCAGCAAAAACUACAAAUUCCUCAUAUCCAGUAUUGUGCCGCGCCCAAUCGCCUUGAUCAGCACAUUAUCCCCCACUGGCAAAAACCCGAACGAUGGCAAAGCAAAACUAAAUCUAGCACCCUUCAGCUACUUCCAGGUCAUAAACCACGACCCGCCCAUGUUCGUGGUCAGUUUUACGCCGCCGGGUAGUCGCAGUCCGAAAUCUCAAAAGGAUACGCUACGGAAUCUAACCGAAACGGGGGAAUGUGUGAUCAAUGUUGUGUCAGAGCAUAUGCUACAAGCCGCCAAUGCGACGACCAUAAAUGCCGAAUAUGGCGACUCGGAGUUUGAUUACUCGGGACUUACGCCGGCAUAUGAUACGGAGACGGUCAAUGGUGUGCCGCGGGUGCUGGAGUCUAUCGUCUCGAUAGAAGGGCAUCUCAUAGAAACGAAGGAAUUCGAGAGUCGCGUGGCCCCGUCAGAUCCAAAGAAGAAGAAAGGGAGAACGACGUUGGCGAUUAUUGAAGGGACGCGGUUCUGGGUCCGGGAAGAUGCGAUUGAUGCCACUGAACUGGCGGCCGUGGACCUGCAAGUGUUGAGGCCGGUGAGUAGGCUUGGUGGGGAUGCGUAUGGGCGGACUACGGAGGUUGUGGAGAUUGAGCGGCCUAUUAAAAGAUCAUAA